AUGGUGCAAUCAAGGAAGUUCAGAGGCGUCAGGCAGCGUCAUUGGGGCUCUUGGGUCUCCGAAAUUCGACACCCUUUACUGAAACGGAGGAUCUGGCUGGGGACAUUCGAGACAGCGGAGGAAGCUGCGAGAGCAUACGACCAAGCCGCAAUCCUGAUGAGCGGCCGGAACGCCAAGACCAACUUCCCCGUCACCCAAUCCACCACCGACGGCGAAACCAAACCCACCUCCUCCUCCUCCUCGUCUUCAUCAUCCCCAUCAGCCCCAAUAAAAAAUGGGCUGUCGGAAAUUCUACACGCCAAGCUCCGCAAGUGCAGCAAGACGCCGUCGCCGUCGAUGACCUGCCUGAGGCUCGACACCGAGAAUUCCCACAUCGGGGUCUGGCAGAAACGCGCGGGGCAGCGGUCCGAUUCCAAUUGGGUCAUGACCGUGCAGCUCGGCAACCGAUCGUCAGCUUCAAACAAUACCCACCCGGAAAAACAAGCUACUGACGAUCCAAUCGGCAACAACAACAAUUCGGAAACAGCGGCGGCAGAGCCGGUGCCGGCAAUCAGGAAGGAAAUUGAGGAAGAGGAGAGAAUCGCGCUGCAGAUGAUCGAGGAGCUGCUGAAUCGUAAUUGCCCCAGUCCAAGUGUGAAUCCGAGUAAUGGGUUUGGAAUCGAAGGAGCGGCGGAAGCAGGGGAGGAGAGUGGCAGUGGGGAGCUGAGUGAGCUGCUUCAGGGGAGCUUUUUCAUUUGA